AUGCAGAUUUUUGUGAAGACGCCGACGGGGAAGACAGUGAUCCUCGAGGUCGAGAGCACGGACACCAUCGGCAACGUGAAGGCCAAGAUCGAUGGUGAGGAAGGUGUGUCGCCGGAGCAGCAGCGGCUCAUCUUCGGCGGGAAGCCGCUGGAGGACGACCGCAGCCUGGCCGAGUACGACGUCCACAAGGACUCCACUCUCCACCUGCUGCUUCAUCUGCCCGGCGGGUUUCGCGGCCGCGAGGGUGGUUGGUUUACGGACCCCAGCAUGAGAGCCCUCGCAGAAAGCUACAGCCGAAACAAGAAGAUCUGCCGCAAGUGCUAUGCUCGGCUACCUCCUAGGGCAACAAACUGUCGCAAGAAGAAGUGUGGACACAGCACUCAGCUGAGGCAAAAGAAGAUCUGGAGGCCUUACGACUAA